GAUUAUUUCAUCAUCAUCGUUUUCAUCAUUAACAGCUAAGUAUUUACUGAGCACUUACUACAUGCCAGGUAGCGUGGCAGCUGUUCAACACGGCGUAUUUCCUUUACCCCUUUUAACAGCCCCGAGCAGUGGCCACUACGAUGACCCUACCAUUCUAGAGAGGUGGAAAGGAAGACUCGGAGACAUUUCAGGAAGAAAGGGGCCAGGCCACUGUUGAUUCCUGGGCAUGACUCCCAUUUUCCAGAGAAGGAAACCGAGAAGAGUCAAAGUCACAGACAGCCACACAGGCACAGGCCCCUGGGGUGAAGACCCUCUCCACGGGGUGGGGAGCACUACGUUGGGAAGGCCCGAACAAUCAGCCAGAAGUCCCCACGAUCUGCAACUCGGCCUGCAUGAGAGCACCCAUUCAGAAACAUGUCCGCGGCAGGCCGGAACCCUGCAGAAAAUAUCCCAAGACAAACAGCAUGGGGUGGGGGAUAGAGCCCUGCACCGGGACCAGCUGCUCCUUCUCACCCUCUCCAUCUUCCUGGGACUGGGCCAGCCCAGGAACCCCAAAGGCAAGAGGAAGGGGCCAGGGCGGCCUGGAACCCUGGCUCCAGGGCCUCACCAGGUGCCACUGGACCUGGUGUCCCAGGCGAAGCCAUAUGCCCGCAUGGAGGAAUACGAGAGGAACCUCAGGGAGAUGGUGGCCCAGCUGAGGAACAGCUCUGAGCCGGCCAGAAGGAAGUGUGAGGUCAACCUGCAGCUGUGGCUGUCCAACAAGAGGAGCCUGUCACCCUGGGGCUACAGCAUCAACCAUGACCCGAGCCGCAUUCCCGCAGACCUGCCGGAGGCGCAAUGCCUGUGCCUGGGCUGCGUGAACCCCUUCACCAUGCAGGAGGACCGCAGCAUGGUGAGCGUGCCCGUGUUCAGCCAGGUGCCCGUGCGCCGCCGCCUCUGCCCGCUGCCGCCCCGCACUGGGCCGUGCCGCCAGCGUGCGGUCAUGGAGACCAUCGCCGUGGGCUGCACCUGCAUCUUCUGAACCAGAGGCUGCGGGGAGCCAGAGACCGCCCUCCUGGUGCUUCCACUCCAAGUGAGGCCCGUGAGCAGUAAACACUGUCUUUCA